AUGGCGGAACACGAUCAAAUCGUACUAGAUGAGCAACUAUCGUCCUCUGCUGCCAGAAUGCAAAAGCUGACGAUGAGUGCUGCACGAACGAACAUGCUGUGCCUGAUGCUGACCGCUGUCGGUGGAGUGCUCAUUAUGUCCGCCAUUGCCUUUGGGUUCUACAUGACCGUAUCCUCUGCAGCACUCCCACAGCAAACGGCGGGCCGGGUUGAGGUAGAACCGGCUGCGGCACAGGAACACGACGUGCUGGAAGAGGUGCGUCAAAUGUACUUCAAGGCGGAAGCACAGGACGUACUGAUGAGUUCGCUUCAGCUGCUGGAGCUGAUGAAGGAGUUCGAGCCAAUUCUCGAGCGCCAACGCCGCCGCAGAGAUGUUGGCGAGUUCGUACCCAAUCGUAUCUCACGGGGUGAUGAUCGUUCCGAGGAGAUCACGUACGGUGUUCGGCGGCGUGUUCAGCGCGAAUACGACUACGGGAUGGUGCCGAUCGUGUACGGAGGUGCGCUGGCAGAACCCGUACUGCCGAGAAGUUCCCGCAACCGUCGUCAUGCCAUUUCGCUCGAUGAGCUGCAGCGUGCCAAGCGCCGGGCCCAGCACGACUACCGGCGGCUGGAGAAUGAGUACAACCGGUGUCGGAAGGAGGCACCGAACGGGAAGCUGUGCGAUCAGAUCUACGAAAAGCUGCAACGUCUGUCGGAGGAGAUGAACGCACGCUUUAUGGAGAUGGCGAAUCUGCUGCAAGGUUUCCACGAGGUUGGUCUAACGACUGAGGAGACCGUCACGUAUCCGCAGGUAUUUUUUGGCCUCAGUGAGCCUGCCUCGUCGAGUGUUGCUACUUCCGAACGCAGCACUACCCCCGAACAUGAUUCACCGACCGCGACCGUUGAGCAGUUGGUGAAUGAAACGGAUUUUACUCACCGCGCGUCUAAAGCCAAGUGGAGUACCACUACGGAGCCGAUGAGCACUACACCGGCCGCUCCGUUGGUGUUUGAUCCGAACCUCCACAAACCGGUGGUGAACAGUUCCAUCCGCAGCUUGGACGAUCUGUUUGACCAUAUGAGGCUCGGUGAGACGAUCACGUCGCAUCCCACCGAACGGACCACCGAACGUGACGAUCUCUUUGAGAUGGAGCUGUUCCACGCCAGUUCCAGUCCGGCGACGUUGAAAACUUCCUCCCCAUCCACGUCUAACCGUUGGACUACCACCAAGAGUCCACUGCAAGCUGCUCGGAAUCUGCACGAUGUCGUCGAUCAACUGCAGCUUGCCCAGAUGCUACAACCCCACCCGUUCCACGAGGAUCUGCUGCAACAUCCGCCAGAUAACAUUAACGAGUUUGUGAUGGCACGGUCACGCAACCGCGACCAUAUGCACCACGAUCCGCAGCACAAAACGGUGGUUGUGGACACGUCCAUCGAUCCGCUGCGAUCGGUUCAUCAGCAACAACCGCAACAGUCGCUGGUGGUGGGACCGAGUGCCCCCUUUCUAAGCCUCUGCGAUCAGCUGCGGUCGGCGUCGGGUAAUGGCGGGCACAUGAGACCGGUCACCAACGGUGGCUUCCAGCCGGGAGUUCACCAUUCGGCCGGCAUACCGAUAACGGGCGAGGCGACCAAAGCGUCCUCGCAGAUCAUUGUCAACUCGGCAUUCGGUGCGGGGUACGUGCCGAACACGGUUUGCUUCUAUCAGAACGCACCCCACGCGGUAGGAUCGCCGGCAGCGUACGGGUUCCGGCCUGCUGCUGCCACUGGUCCGUACGUCUACCCGAAUGGCGGUGGAUAUCCACCGUAUCAGCAGCCACCGCCGCAACACCAUCCGCAUCAUCCGGGCGCCGGAGGUAAGCAACCGUUGAAUGAUCCUGCGAUCGAUGCCCUCAUUCAACCACGCAUUGCCGAAGCUAUGAUCAACAUGCCGGUGAGCAUUCAAAAUCUCCAUCAUCCUGGUGCGCGAGCUCCGGAAGCUUCAGCGGACCCGCAUAGUCCCUUUCUGCUGUGCUCCAUGAUGCACGGUAAUGGCGCGGCCGGUCAACCUGAAGUCCACGGUACCACGGUACCAACUCCGCCGGCGCGACAUCAUUCGGCAAACGAAUCCCACCCCGAGCCGGACGAUCCCGAGGACUUGGCGUCGGUGUUUGCGGCGGGCCGGUCUUUGGCGGCUCGGGCCAAGGGUCGUCAUCACUGCCGGCGGGGCUGGGUGCCGUGCUUCAGUUCGCAUCAGUGCGUAAAGCGUAGCAGCUGGUGUGACUCGAAGACGGACUGCAUGGAUGGCAGCGACGAGAGCGCAUGCUCGUGCGUGUCCCGCCUGCCGAAGCGCAAGCUCUGCGACGGAUACGCCGACUGUCCGCUCGGGAUGGACGAGAUGGGAUGCUUCGGGUGUGAGAAGUUCUCCUUCUCGUGCUUCCACACGCCGGACGAGUAUCGGGCGGCACACCGGUCCGGUUCGAUGUGCUACACCCUGCUCGAACGGUGCGAUGGGUUCGACAAUUGUCUCAACCGGAAGGACGAACAGGACUGCACGAUGCUGGUGAAGGAUUUGGGUCACUAUCUCGCGUACUCGGUGCCCCACGCGUCCGGCGUGCUGCAUCGCAACUACCGUGGCAAAUGGUACCCGGUGUGUAACAAUCCGUCGCAGUGGGCACGGGAGGCGUGCGACGCGGAGGUCGGACCGCAGGACCGUGAACCAUUGCUGAGCCACGGGCACGGCAGUCUGCCGGGCCCGUACAUCAGUCAGCGCGCGCACAGCGAGGUGUCCCAGCCGGAGUUUAGCGAUGGGUGUAACGGGGUGUACGUGCAGGUCAAGUGUCCACCGGUGCGAUGCGGCACCAGCAAGCUGCAGGAACAGCACUUCGCCCGCAUCAGUGUCCGAUCGCGACGGCAGACCAACGAGAGCGAGAUGGUCGAGAGUGUGCGCAUCGUCGGCGGUAGCCAUGCCGAACCGGAAGCGUACCCAUUCAUUGUGGGCAUCUUCCGGGACGGCAAGUACCACUGUGGUGGUAGCAUCUACAACGAGCAUUGGAUCAUUUCAGCCGCCCAUUGCUGCGACAACUUCGAUCAGCACUUCUUCGAGGUGCGUUCGGGUAUGUUGCGCAAGCGUAGCUUCGCGCCACAGGUCCAGAUCACGCGCGUCACACACAUGAUCAUCCACCACGCGUACAGCUCGGCGCUGAUGGCCAACGACAUUGCGUUGAUGCGUGUGGAGCACCCGUUCCACUACAACCGCUGGGUGCGCCCGAUCUGUCUGCCCGAGAGGCAUCGCACUACGGACGAUCGGGAUUGGAUGUGGGGCCCCAAGCCGGGUACGGUCUGUACCGCUAUCGGUUGGGGUGCCCUCCGGGAGCGAGGUGGUGCGCCUGAUCAUCUGAUGCAGGUGUCGGUACCGAUCUUAAGCUACUGCAAACACAAAUCCGACCGUGACAGUCUGCAGAUCUGUGCCGCCGAAGAGGACGGAGGGCAUGACGCGUGCCAGGGCGACUCUGGGGGUCCGUUCGUGUGUCAGAGUAAGUCGAACCCGGCCGAAUGGUAUCUGGCCGGUGUGGUGAGCCAUGGAGAAGGCUGUGCCAGAGCGCACGAACCGGGCGUAUAUACGCGUGUGGCACUGUUCCUCGAAUGGAUCACGGAGAAGGUGAAUGCCCCAUUGCCGACACGAACCGCCCGUGCCGACUGUCCCGGAAUGCGGUGCAUCUGGGGUGGUGGUGUCUGUCUCCCGCGGGGGAAGAAGUGUAACGGAUUCGUGAACUGCCUGGGCGGUGAAGACGAAUCGGGCUGUGCGAUGGAUCAGAUGCUCCGAUCGAUGGCACACCGUGGUGAUGAAGAUAGUGACGAAGCGCAGCAUGAAACUGUCACCCAGCGAGCCUCCGAAGUGCACGAAGGUCGGCAGGUGGAUACGGCCGAUGCAAGCACAGAACCCACCACGCCCGGUUUGUUUGAAUCGGGUGAAUCAACGACGUUCACCGUUUUUGAAGCGAGUGUAGAAGCGCAGGAGAGUAUGAUCGUGACCAAGACGGCUCAGACGGAUCCCAUCACGACAACGACAGCUCGUGAAGAAGUGUCAUCUGAAUCGAGCACUGCGGAGAUCACUACCACCGCAACAAGUACAGCUCAGAGCACGCCGACAGCAGCCAUCUCGCUGGAAGUCACGACAUCCUUCCCACAGAGUUCCAGCUCUGAAUUGCCGUCCUCCACCGAAGCGCCUACAACACCCACCAAGGCAACGACAACCGAUUCGGCAAUCAUUUUCCCCGUACACGAUACCGACCAAGAGGCGAAAGAGUUUGCAUUUGUCGCACCGAUUACGUCCUCCACCACGGAGGUGAUCUGGAAGGCGUUGGAGAAAACGGUUAAAGAGGUACGUGGCCAGGCCAGGGCAGAAAAUGGUUCCUCAGUGGUGAACUUCACUGCCACGGAACAUCCGCUGCCAUCGUCCACUACGGAAACCCCACUGGAGGAGCUUCCCGAGCAUCCAUUCUUCGACGAUCUGGACGUGAUGCACCAGCAGAAACACAAACGAGUAGCCGAGUUCCGGUUGACGGUACACAAUAUGCACACGAAGACGAAUGUGCCAACGGCACCACCGAACGACACCGCACAGUAUCGGCAGUUUUCCUGCAAAAACAUCACCCAACGUAUCAAUAUGGCGCAUCGUUGCGAUCGGAUCGUCGACUGUGAGGAUGGAAGUGAUGAGCUGAACUGUACGUGCCGAGACUUCCUGCAGGACAAAUUUGACUUUCUGAUUUGCGACGGCAAGACGGACUGUCUCGACCAUACGGAUGAGCUGGGAUGCAUGAACUGCCAGGUUGGACAGUACGCGUGUCGCGUCAGUCAGGUUUGCAUUCCCCGCGUGCAGGUGUGCAACGGACAUCCGGACUGUCCGCUGCAUGAGGAUGAACUGGAUUGCUUGGCCCUCACCGAUGGACAUCGCGUGUACUUCGAUGCGAACAAUCUGACCCUGUUCCGCAACACCGGUAUCGUCACCAAAAACACGAACGGCACCUGGGAGGUGCUGUGUGGAGCGGUACUGACAGCGAAAACCGAGCAUGCGGUCGGCAAGAUUUGCUCAUUUCUAGGAUUUGCUGGCUUCCGGAACUAUUCACUGCUAUCGAUCUCACCGUCCGAGCUUCCGACCGGGUUGCUUGUAAACAGGGGCGAUCACCACUACGUCAACAUUACGGUCGAUGCCACCUGUCAAGCGUUGCGUGUUUCGUGCGUCCAACACAUCAACGCCACCGAGCACGAUAUCGCGCACUUCGAGCACAACCACACGCAGGAACCGGUGCAGGUGAACAUUCGCCCGCUGAAUCCGAUCCAUCGGCCACACCAUAUGCCGCAGAUCGUGUUCCAGGAGAACGCACACAUCGAGCUAGUGGAGAACUUUGGCGAUGAUUACGACUGGCCGUGGAAUACGAACAUCUACCUCGACGGGGUACUGAUCUGCAGUGGGCUGAUCAUCGAUGCGAGCUGGAUCAUAGUGGCGGGCAGCUGUACGCGGUUGGUCAAUCUACGGCAUCAGUAUCUGGCGGUCGUGGCCGGUGGUGCCAAAUCGUACCUAAACAUCGAGGGACCUUACGAACAGGUGGUGCGUGUCGACUGCUACCACUACAUACCGGAAGCCGAAACGGUCAUGCUGCAUCUGGCGACCAAGCUGUCCUUCAGUCGCCAUGUGCUGCCUACGUUUGUGCCGGAGAAUGAAAACGUCACCGAUAGUGAAUGUCUGGCGGUGGGACAGGACAAGUACGGUAGAACGAAAACGUUACGAGUGCAUCUCAAUGGGACAAACUGUCAAGGAGAGCGUGUUCGGUGCUAUCAUAAGGAUCUUAAGCAGCCUUACUAUCAUCACGAGUCGUGUUACACCCCGGAAGCGACACGCUCCGGUGUGAUCGUGUGCAAGACGAACCGUUCCGGCUGGUAUCCGGUAGGGUUCUACCAGCACAAACGGGGGCUCUGCGGUUUCAACGAAGUUGUUCGGGUGACCAGCUUGGUGGAAUCGUACCACAAGAUCCAGCACGUGCUGCACAACGAGAAGUGUGGCGAACAGCUGUACGACGAACCGCACUGUGCGGGAAAACGCUGCCGGUAUGGGAAGUGCGUUGGCGAGCGGCUGCUGUGCGAUCGUAAACCGGACUGUGGCGAUGGAUCGGAUGAAAGUCCCGCGUUGUGUGCCACACGCAAUCAUACCAGCAGUUGUCUACCGCAUCAGCUGCGCUGUGCAAACGAACGGUGUAUCGAUAAGGCUAACUUCUGCGACCGGAAGAAUGAUUGUGGGGACUCAACGGAUGAACCGCACGACUGCUCGUGCUACACAUACUUGAAAAUCACUGACCCGGGAAAAAUUUGCGACGGAGUGCGCAAUUGUUGGGACAAAUCGGAUGAAAACCCGCGCGUCUGUCGGUGUCACGCCACCAGCUUCCGGUGCGGUGAGUCGGACAUUUGUGUGCCGUACGAUUUUGUCUGCGACAAGGAGCGCGAUUGCCCGGACGGGGAGGACGAACAGUACUGUUACGCACUGCAGCAGAACUCUUACGAAGCCGGGUACGGGGAGCUGAUGGAGCAAAGCUUUGGCAUCUGGCACUCGAAGUGCUUCCCGAAGGCGACCCAGUUUGACGAUGAGUACAUGCGGCGGAUCUGCGAACAGCUCGGCUACAGCCAGGUACGCAAGAUCUACGGACGGGCGAUCGUGGAGGGUGCCCGGUUGCGUACGGCCAACGAAACCGAAAGUGCCGUCGAUAAGCUGCGCCGGUCGGCGACGAAAACGAUCGUGCAGAACAAAUUUUCCAAGGUGAUCAUCAACAGGAACCACACGUUCUACAUGAAACCGAGCCGGCCAAUGUUUAAGGUGAUCAACUGGAACUACGAGGAUGAGCAGAACUGUCACCGGCUGGAGUUGUUGUGUGCACCGUGA